GAACCUAUGAUCUGCAGUAUACAGUAAUCAAUCGUAUUUUGUUUUUGAACACAUAUGAAUGGUGGACAAUUCUCGAAAAUACUUAAUAGAAUUUCUCGCUAGGUGGCGACACUUCACUGUAAAUAAUCCUGAUUUCGGUAAAAAGUUUUAACCUGUAGGUUCAAAACGUGGUUGAACGCAUGACACCGAAAUUUAGAUUGUUAUUUGAUAUAUUUUGAUAAUAAAAAUAUAUGUUAUAAAUCAAUUGAAAUAUUAACAAUGAAAGUUAAGAAGUCUUGUAAGGUAGGAAAAACGAAAAAGCUAAAAGAAAAAAUCAUUGAUAGCGAUUCGUACAUAAAUUCUGAAAAUGAUUAUAAUCAUAACAGUAAUCUUGAUGAUGACAUAAAUUUUAUGAAAGAAAUUGAUGAGAAUGAUGAAUCUAGCCCAGAAUUGAAUGGUAUUAAUAAUUCAAUUUCUAAUACAACAAAAAAAAGAAGUGUUACAGAAGAACUCGCUGAUGUACCUAUAAAAAAGAAAAAAUUACAGAAUGAUUUAUAUAAACAACCAACGGUUGAAGAAUUAAGUCAACUUCGAGAAACUGAAACUCUUUUCCAUUCAAAUUUAUUUAGACUCCAAAUUGAAGAAUUAUUGACUGAAGUAAAAUUAAGAAAUAAAUAUAAAAAACUAUUUGAUGAGUGGUUUAUUAAAUUCAAGGCAAAUAUAGAAUCAUUACAAGAAACUGAUGAAUUGAAGUUCGCAGAUGGAAAUAUCAGUCAGAAAUUACAUUUAAAUAUUCCUAUAUUAAAUGUACCAGUAGAUAUAAAAGGCACAUUUAAAUUUUUGAAACCUUUAACUAUUAAUAUUAUUGGUUCAUAUUCUUUUGAUUGUACAAUUGGUCCAAAUGCUGCUGUAGAUAUAAUGAUUCAAAUGCCAGACGAUUUAUUUCAAAAACAUGAUUAUCAAAAUUAUAGAUACUUGAGAAAAAAAGCUAUAUAUCUGGCAUAUAUAACUUCGAAUAUAAGAGAUGAUCUUGCCGAUAAAAAAUGUUUUCUCGGUAGUAAUUUAAAACCUAUACUAGAAAUAUUGCCACCUGGAAGUUUAGGAAAAAAAUUAAGGAUACAUGUACAUAUAUCUGCACAUGAAGACAGUUUCAAACUGAACAGGUUUUCACCAGAAAAAAAUUGUAUUAGACCUAAUUGGUUUUUCAAUGAGGAAGUUGAAAAUGCAUCUUUAACACCAACACCGCAUUAUAACUCCAUAAUAUUACAUGAUCUAACAAUGUUAGAAAUAAGUUCUCAAAAUACAGCAUUGAUAAAGGAAUAUCCUAAUAUUAGAGAUGGUAUUAUUUUGCUAAAGAUAUGGUUGAGCCAACGACAAUUAAUCAAGGGUUAUGAUAGCUUUAGUAGUCAUAUAAUGACGAUGUAUGUUUUAUACUUGCUAAAAAUAAAGAAACUCAACACAUUUAUGAGUAGUUACCAAAUAGUAAGAAAUGUAUGGUGUAAUUUAGUGCAAAAUAGUUGGUAUGAAAAUGGGAUAUCCAUGUACCAAGGAAACGAUAGUCAACAACGUAUUCUGGAUUAUCAUAAAUAUUAUGAUUGUGUAUUUUUGGAUCCAAGCGGAUAUCAUAACUUAGCUUCCUUUUUAUCAAGAGAUACUUUCUCGUGGAUACAAAGAGAAGCAGAGAUUUCUUUAAAACAUUUGGACGAUGUAAAUGUUAAUAGUUUUCCAUCUAUUUUUAUGUAUAAGGUUCCAUUCUACAAUGCAUUUGAUAAUAUAUUAUGUAUUGAAGAUAAUAAAGCCAUUGAAAAAAUUGUUGACAUUAAAUCAUCUAAAGAUGAUAAAUUAGAUUAUGGUGUUGAUAAACGCAGUCAAGCUAUUAAAAUACUUAUAAAGAUAUUGAAGCAAGGUUUAGGAAAUAGAGUACAUAGAAUAUGUGUAUUACCUGAUGAACCAAGGCAAUGGGAGUGUAAAAAUAAAUUGCCAAAUAAUAUUGGAAAAAUCUCUAUUGGUUUUGACUUAAAUCCAGAAUUUUGUUUUAGUAUUGUUGAGAAAGGUCCUGAAGCUAAUUUACCAGACGCAGCUUUAUUUAGAAAAUUUUGGUGUAAUAAAUCUGAAUUACGUCGCUUUCAAGAUGGAUCUAUACGCGAAGCUGUAGUUUGGGGAAAAGGAAAAACGUUACAUGAAAAGAGAAUGAUUUGUAAAAAGAUUGUAAAAUUUAUAUUGAAACAUAAAUUUAAUUUAUUAGAGAAUCAAUAUUUAUAUCUUGCUAAUCAAAUGGAAGAUAUUUUAAAAUUAAACAAAAUAAAAAUUACACACUUUGUAUAUGGUACUGGUGAAGAAGCAACUUUACGCGUGAUACAAGCAUUUAAUUCUUUAGAAAAAAACUUAAUGUCUCUUGUUGAUAUACCUCUUUCAAUAACUGGUGUACAAGGAUCUAGCGCAGCUUUUCGUUAUACGGAAGUUUUUCCACCAUUAGCAACUGUUUAUCGAGCUGGUCAUAAAAUAACUAAGGAAGGUGAAAAUUACUUAAUGCUUAAAACGAAAAAUAUUGGUAUGGUACCUAGAUAUGUUCAUCCACUUGAUGUUAGUUUACAAUUAUCAACUAGUGGGAAAUGGCCUGAAGAAUUAGAAGCUAUCAGGAAAACAAAAGCUGCUUUUCAUAUUCAAAUUGCUGAAUGCCUUAGGAAACAGCACAAUUUAAAAGCACAAGGAAAUUUUACUCAUAUAGAUGUAUUUAAGGAUGGAUUUGUUUUUCGGUUGAGAGUAGCGCAUCAAAAAGAAAUAGCGUUUUUAAAACACCAAGUCGAUGAAGAUGGUGUAAUUAAAUAUAGAGAUAAUGAAGAAUCUAUUGAAUUAGAAAAGAAAUUAUUUCAAUUGCCCAAAUUAAGUAGUGCAUUACAUGGGAUACACUCUCAACAUCCUUCUUUUGGUGCUGCUUGUUGUUUAACAAAACGUUGGUUGUCUGCUCAUUUGUUGGAUGAUUCUCAUAUGCCAAAUGUAGCAGUUGAAUUAAUUUUAGCAUCAAUGUAUUUAAUGCCACAACCAUAUAGACAUGCACAUAUGCCACAAGUAGCAUUUUUAAGAGUUUUAGAAAUUUUUGCAAGGGAAUACUGGAAUACAGAUCCUGUUAUUGUUAAUUUCAAUGAUGAAAUGUCAAAAGAAGAAAUUAUUGAGGUAGAAACGCUUUUUGGAAAGUCGCGUGACACCUUACCACAUUUAUUUAUUUCUACACCUUAUGACCAACAAGGGUCUUUAUGGACUAAAAAAGCACCGACCGUAUUAAUUUUGAAUCGUAUAUGUCUUCUCGCUCAAGAAUCUUUAAAAUUGUUUGAGCAACAAUUAUACACUAAAACGAUAUUAGAUUGUAAAGCUCUUUUUAGAUCACCUAUGUCAGAAUAUGAUUGUUUGAUAUAUUUGAAACCGCUUCUUAAUCCUAGAAGAUUGCAAGCAAUUGAUCUGGAUGAAAAACAUCCAAUUGUUGAAUGGCAUCCAUAUAAACCACAUUCAUUACAAAAAAUUCCUAUCAUAGAUUUCGAUCCUGUUCAAUACUUUUUGAAAGAGUUAAGGGAUGGUUAUAGUGAAUUUGCUUUAUUUUUUCACGAUACAUACGGUGGUAUGGUAAUAGGAGUUUUAUUGAAACCUACUGCUCUCAAAGACAACGAUUUUAAAGUAUCGAACGUGAAUUGUCGAAAAUUGAAUAACGAUGGUAAACUUGUAUUAAAUUUUUCUACGAUGAUACAAGAUUUUUAUGUUCUUGGAAAAGAUCUUGUAAGAGCUAUUGAAGUUACUUCCAAGAAGUUAUCCGUUACAUGA